AUGUCGCGUUCAAUGCAAGAUGAAGCGAUAAACCGAAUGGAAUCGGCCAUAGGAAGCUUUCUGUUCACGAUUCGAUCGCAUUCUGAACGCGAUACCAGUUACCAGUUGUUAGGUAUGCACAAUCUCGCCUUCAUGAGGAACGUACUGUUGCUACUGGUGAUUUACACUCUCCCAAAAUCCGUUCGAUCCGUGAACGGUGUAAUAUGGGAGAAAACGUCCCAGAAUUUCGUGCCCAUCUUCAGCGUUCCCGCGUUCGCGGCGAUAAAUCAGAAACUGGUGAACCAGAGUCGAGCAGAGGAGACUCACAACUUUCAAGGACAAGUCGUUAGGUUCUCCUAUUACGAGAUGAUGCGUUUAAUCACUAGCGAAGCAAACGGAACGAAAGUGGCAGGAAUCUUUGGUGAAGUCUGGAACACGUUAUCGAAUUUGUUGAAUUUCAGGUUGAAGCCAAUUCUCGUCAAAGAAAAUACUAUGGGAUCGAUGGACGAGAAUGGCGUCUACACGUUUGGUUUGAUGAGAAUAAUUCAAAGAAACGAAACGGACGUGGUACCGCGAAUUGUUAGCGAUUCGAUUCGAUUUAAGGCCUCCCAGUUGACGCUCCCUUUGUGGCCGAUCAGCUAUCACCUGUUCAUUCGACCAGAUCUGGAGCGUAGUCCUACAUGGAUGCUAAAGCUAUUCUCCCAAAACAUCUGGUACGCGAUUCUAUUCACGUAUUUACUGAUGACCAUCUGCAGUUAUUUGGUCCAAGCAGUUAAUUCGAGGAUUAUGAGCAAAAAGCUGCCGAAGAGCUUAGGUGACCAUUUGUUAUGCAACUUCGGUUUAAUGUGCGAACAAGCGGACUGCUUACCAUGUGAUUCGAGCACAUGCAUGAGAAUCGUGGAUCUAUGGAUGGGGCUCUUCUCGUUUCUAAUCAGAGCAGCAUUCGGUGCACUUCUGAUAAGAUACAUGACGCAAACUACCUUCAGACCACCUUUUCAAGACUUGGAAUCCUUCUUGAACAAUACUUCGUACAAAAUUUGUCUCUUGGAUGGCACUGUGCUGGCAAAGAUAGCCAAGGGCCACCAUGGAACUGUAUUUGAUAAGCUGUACGAAAUGAAUCGAAUCAAAGAAGUGGCCAAUUACGGGGAGAUGUACCGGAAAGUAUGCUCGUCAAAUAAAUGGAGCGCGAUGCAUCACGACUUGGGCAUAAAGAACUCUAUUAGGAGCUUUACAUGUCGGAUGCGUGCCGUAGGAGAUGCCGUAUACCAUGGUCAUAUAGUUUCUGGGAUUGCAAAGAACUUCAGCAACAAACGAUCCAUCGACAUUGGGAUACUUAGGUUGAAGGAGUACGGUAUCCUCCAACGAAUAUCGAAUAGCGUGAAGGGGAUAAAGCCCGAUGAUAAUUCGCUGGAUAAAGUGGAACCAAUUCAUACAGAUCAAGUGUAUUUUAUUCUCGUAAUACUCGCCUCUGGAGCGUUCAUCUCUGUUAUUUUUCUCGUACUCGAGGUCCUGGUGUUUUAUUACAACAAUUAACAAAAUUUUUACCUGCGCAUUUUGUCCAACCCUCGUCGAAAUAAUUACAGAAUAUCGUGCAUGCAGAUUCUAUGUUUUUUACUUAUUUUCCCUUGCAUUUCAAGGAAAUGUUAGUUAACGAGUCGAUAACGAUUGCUUGGUCGAUAAACUCAGUGGAUAGGUGUAUACCGACCGAUAGUGCGAGUUAUUACAAUGAUUAGUGUUAU